UUGGAUGAGCUGAAGCACCAUCAGUGCUUUCAAAAAUCCACGGAAAAUAAGAAUAGAGAGAACGAGCAAGGGAUAAUAAAACAAGAGGGAUAAGAGGCGAUAUGAGAGCGGUUGAGACAAUCUCGUUGGCAUUUGUCGCCUGUGUCCUUCAUAAAACUUUCGGUCACGAUGGUGGAAAUGUCGCAGUGAGUCCAGUGAAUGGGAUGAAACUUUUGUCGCGUUCACCAAGAACUCUGCUUUAUCCGAACCCUUCAACUUUACUGUUAAUUUUUGGAAUAGGUACCCCGUUGCAAUUAGACAGGGAGAGCGUAAUUGUCGGUGCAUUCACGAAAAUGGUGUACACAUUACCCCAGAAUUCUACAGCUUUUAUCGAGCCAGGUGUACAAUUUGAGAGAACAAGUCAAACUCGUUGGAGUAUCUACAAAAUAUUAAUGAAUGCUGGUAAUUAUUACGGUUUUGGUGGUAAAUCCUGCCUGCUGAGGGCUAUUUGCGAAGUGGCUGCUGCCCCAUUUGACCUCCGUCACGGCCUCUUUGGUCAGAUAAUUCAAGCCUUACUCACGCCUUCAAGUACCAUCGAGCCGUACGACGAGUAUGAGGAUCGUGAAUACCAUGCCGCUGAAAGACUUGGUAAGCACGUGGGCGAAAACUGCCACGCCCUUUAUCCAGAAUGCAGUAGAAGCGCCCUAGACGUAUUUUCUACCAUUGGAUAGCCUGGAGAAAAAAAAUCUCCACUUGCCAGGGCUAAAAAACUUUGUGACGUUAAGUUUUUUCUUCUAUAUUUUUAUUUGGAGAAAACCCUAUUUCUCCCUCUUAUUCUCCCUCCUUCAGUUCAGCACUCAACUUCUCUUUUGUUUUCACCGGGUGCAUUCCUUCAGCGAUUUUCAUUUGCCUCAGAGUAUAACCGGGAUUCAUGGAAUUCCCCGGGUGGAAGCAAUCUCUUUCUCCUUUCUCUUUUACUCAGUCCGGAGAUUUCGGGAUAACACCAACUUGUUU